CCUACGAAGAUGGUGGAAGUUUCUUCUUCCUUGAAGUGAAGCCCCGACUGGAACCUAAACACCCCGCACACCGAGGGCUCGGACUUCACCGCAGCGUUACCAGUCUGGUUUCACAGCCUCCCUUCGGAUCCGGGUAGGCCUUCACCCCAGCCCUAUGUCAUGGCAAGUGGAGUCACCAAGUCGGGCACUACCAACGGUUACCCUAUGAAGGCACAGCUACAAAUCAUUGUGCUAUCAGCAAAACUAAAAGAGAACAAGAAAAACUGGUUCGGUCCCAGUCCCUAUGUGGAAGUGACAGUCGACGGCCAGUCCAAGAAAACAGAGAAAUGCAACAACACCCACAGCCCCAAGUGGAAGCAGCCACUCACUGUGAUUGUGACUCCAUUCAGCAAACUGGUGUUUCGUGUGUGGAGCCACCAGACGCUGAAGUCAGAUGUGUUGCUAGGCAUGGCCACGCUGGACGUCAGCGACACGCUCAAGUCUAACGACAUGAAAAUCUCUGAGGUGGUGCAGACCUUACAGCUGUGUGCAGACAGAGACCAGUCAGAUGUGGUGGGAGAUCUGUCUGUCUGCCUGGACGGCAUGACUGUCGACCCUGAGAUGUUCGCCAAGGCCGAGGCUGAUCAUCACAGUACAUCAAAUGGGGAAUCACAACCCAAUGGCGAUCAUACCAUAAGGCCGAGUAGAGACAGCUCCCCAGCUGUGGACGGUGUCGAUCACAAGUCUUCUCCCAGUGGCCGGAGGUCAGCAAACAGCAAGGGGUCUCCUUCAGUGUCAUCUGGGGGCUCGAGGCCUCUUCGACCACCCAGGCCCUCCAGACCUCCUCCUCCAACCCCACGCAGACCCACCUCUUCACCAGCAUCUUCCAGUAACGGCUCUGCACCAGCUGAUGGCAGCGAUGGUCAGUCUGGAUCUGAUACACCGGUGCGAGCACUAGCCACAGUACUGUCAUCAGCCCGAGAAUCAAGUCCGUCGGCGGGCUCAGACAGAAACUCCCCUCCGGCCGCCAGCUCUGGAGCUGCAGCAACCAGACAGCCAACCAGCAGCAUCACCCCUGCUGUCACUCCAAGGGUCCCUACUGUCAACACUGGACCGUUGCCCCCUGGAUGGGAGCAGAGGGUGGAUCAGAACGGCAGGUUGUAUUUUGUCGAUCACGUGGAAAAGAGAACAACGUGGGAACGCCCUGAACCUCUGCCCCCUGGUUGGGAGCGUCGCGUCGACCAGAUGGGGCGGGUCUACUUUGUCGAUCACAUCACACGAACCACCACGUGGCAGCGCCCCACAGUGGAGACGGUGCGUAACUACGAGCAGUGGCAGCACCAGCGGAGCCAGCUACAGGGCGCCAUGCAGCAGUUCAACCAGAGGUUCAUAUUUGGGCUACAAGACCAGGUCACAGCCACUCAGAAUAAGGAGUUCGAUCCUCUCGGGCCUCUGCCACAUGGAUGGGAGAAAAGAACAGACACAAAUGGCAGAGUUUAUUUUGUACAUCACCCUACGCGGUCAACACAGUGGGAGGACCCUCGAACACAGGGGUUGCUGAAUGAGAAGCCACUUCCAGAGGGCUGGGAGAUGAGGUUCACUGUAGAUGGUAUUCCCUACUUCGUAGACCACAACAGGAGAACGACCACCUACAUCGACCCUCGCACUGGAAAAUCCUCGCUUGAAAAUGGACCUCAGAUCACCUACGUUCGAGACUUCAAAGCCAAAGUACAGUACUUCAGAUUCUGGUGCCAGCAACUGUCAAUGCCUCAACACAUCAAGAUCACUGUAACCAGAAAAACUCUGUUUGAGGACUCCUUCCAGCAGAUAAUGAGCUUUAAUGCUCAAGAUCUGCGAAGGAGACUAUGGAUCAUCUUUCCUGGAGAAGAAGGCCUUGAUUACGGAGGUGUUGCCAGGGAGUGGUUCUUCCUGUUGUCCCAUGAAGUGUUGAACCCUAUGUACUGCCUGUUUGAAUAUGCCGGGAAAGAUAACUACUGUCUCCAGAUCAACCCCGCCUCCUACAUCAACCCUGACCACCUCAAGUAUUUCAAGUUCAUAGGACGCUUCAUUGCCAUGGCUCUUUUCCACGGCAAGUUCAUCGACACUGGUUUCUCACUGCCAUUUUACAAGCGCAUCCUGAACAAGCCAUUGGCCCUCAAAGACCUUGAGUCUAUAGACCCGGAGUUCUACAACUCCCUCAUGUGGAUCAAGGAUAACGACAUCGAGGAGUGUGGGCUGGAGAUGUUCUUCUCUGUUGACAAAGAGAUCCUGGGUGAAAUCUCCACCCAUGAACUGAAACCAGGAGGAGGAGACAUCCAAGUCACUGAGGAGAACAAGGAGGAGUACAUCAGGCUGGUAGCAGAGUGGAGGCUGUCGAGAGGAGUGGAAGAGCAGACCCAGGCUUUCUUUGAAGGCUUUAAUGAGGUCCUCCCUCAGCAAUACCUGCAGUACUUUGAUGCUAAAGAGCUUGAGGUGAUGCUGUGUGGUAUGCAGGAGAUCGACCUUGCAGACUGGCAAAGAAACACCAUCUACAGACACUACGCUAGAAGCAGCAAACAGAUCGUCUGGUUCUGGCAGUUUAUUAAGGAAAUGGACAAUGAGAAGAGGAUGAGGCUGCUGCAGUUUGUCACCGGUACCUGUCGCCUGCCUGUAGGAGGCUUUGCCGACCUUAUGGGAAGCAAUGGUCCCCAGAAGUUUUGUAUCGAGAAGGUGGGAAAAGAAAACUGGCUUCCCAGAAGUCACACAUGCUUUAACAGACUGGACCUGCCACCCUACAAGAGCUACGAGCAACUGAAGGAGAAGCUGAUGUUUGCCAUCGAGGAGACAGAGGGCUUCGGACAGGAAUGAGAAAAACCAGGAGAAUUGUGAAUAGUGGGCACGGGAGUCUG